AUGUAUGCCAUUGAUGGAUAUAGUUUGUUUAGAAAUGACUGUGACUCUAAUAACACUACAAGACCGUUUGGAGGUACAGCAGUAUACAGCAGAAUCCAAUUAAUUCCUGGCUCUCCUUAUUGUUUAAAUAGGAAUGGUGUUGAGCUGACUAUCAUUAAAUGCAUGUAUCUACCUCAUCUCACCAUUAUUGGUGUGUAUCGAUCCCCAAAAGUGCCAGUAACACAAUUGUGUAUUGCAUUAAGACAGGUACUUUUACAUACAACUACACAGUACAAUAUUUUCCUUGGAGAUUUUAAUGUAAACUGGUUAAAUCAAACUGAUAGAGUUCCAUUAUAUAAUCUAUUUAUUACAGAAAAUAACUACAGACAGUUAGUAUCUUUGUAUACCACUGACAGCAAAACAGCUAUAGACCACAUUUAUACUAACCUGCCAGAAUCUCAGGCAAAGUUACACUUGUUAGAAACUUAUUUUUCAGACCACAAAACAAUAUGUGCGUUAAUAAACUAUGUCAAUACAGAAACAUAACUUCAAUUCAAACUUUUCUUGCCUGUUAUACAGAUAAGGACACAACCACACCUAGAUGUAAUACAAUCCAUACUAAAAGAUGACUACAUAAUCAUAAUAAUCACUACAAAGAUUCAGUAAUUUCUAUAACUCCUUCAUCCCUGUACCCUCCCUCUCCCCUAACAGUAAUCAUCAGGUAAAUAUCCACUAUAUUUCAGUAAUUAUAUACUCAAAGGAUUGGUUUAGCUUAUAUUGUGUCCUUUAUUUUUAUAGGCAAUAAUCCUUUAUUUAUUAAUAGUCUUCUCUUUUUUUUUUUCAGUCAUGGAUGAUUUCUCAAAGCAAACAGCUACUCACAGCACUGGUGCUCCUUCUUCAAGUCAAGAAUUUGUGGGAUACAUACAUAAUGUUUCUGCUGUGUAUAACGAAAAGUUUUUUCAAUGCCAGUUGCAAGGGAGGGAUGAAUCAGUUACCCGAGCCGUGUGCUUCUCACCAAGUAAGCGCAAGAUUUUUGCAGACUUUCAGGACAAGAAGAGCCCCAUAAAAAUUAAAAGGUUCAAAGUAGACACCAAUGCAAACACCAGUGAUCUGUUGAUGGGACAUGAUGUCAUAGUCGAACACUAUCCAGAACUGGACUUCCAAAGAUCACAAAUACAAUCUUCAACCACCCUUUUGUCAGUCAAAUCUGUUCGAGUUGGCCAGCAUAUAACUGUAAAGGCCAAACUAACCAACAUGUCCAAACAGCAAAAAGCAGGAGAUUUAACUCUUGUGAACUGUAUUCUGCUUGACCCUACAGCUUCAAUGAAAAUGGUAUUGUGGGAGAAUUUUAUUAACCAAGUGGAAAACAACCGAACAUAUAUCUUCCACAAUGUAACUGUACGAAAGGACAAAUACAAUGAAACCAUUUACUUAAACACUGCUAAAUAUGGCACUGAAAUCAGACUCACAGAAGAUUUUACUGAAAUCCUAGCUGUGCCACUAACUCAGGACACUACACAAUUUGUAUCCACAACCGUCGAAGGAGAAAUAAUGGGAAUAGUUUCCAUCAACUCGUACUUCUCUUGCUUUAAGUGUAAAAAGAAACUAGAGCAAUCUACUGGAGCAGCAUAUUUGGAGUGCAAAAAUUGUCACAUGAAGCAAAAACUUAAACCUGCAUCUCAACACUGGUAUGCUCAGGUAAUGGUACAGUUCUCUGAUGAGAAGUCCCUAGAACUAACAUUGUUUGAGGAGCCAAUCAAGCAGAUACUGGCAAUUCAAAACCAAAAAAGCCAGCCAACAUUAACUCGGGACAUUCUCACAAACAGUUUAUUAAAUCUUCCAGCAGUAAACUUCACAUACAACACAACAACCAAAGUAGUCCUCAAGAUUGCCCAAAAGGAGUAACUAACAUGUAAUUAACACAUUUUGGUUAACAUAGAAGUAUAUACUCUAGGAUGUACACGUAGUUACAUCUAUCAUUGCAGUUCUGUUUCGUUGAAUUUUAUUAGUACUGAGAAUUGCUACAAAAACCAGUUUGGUUAACACAGUAGUAUAUACUCUAGGAUGUACAUGUAGUUACAUCUAUCAUUGCAGUUCUGUUUCGUUGAAUUUUAUUAGUACUGAGAAUUGCUACAAAACCAGUUUGGUUAACACAGUAG